AGUAAAGAGAGUCAACAACACACUGUCGUUGUCACAGUUUCAAGAGAAGCCUGCAGUAUGGAGUUCAUCACAGACAUGACCGUUAUCAUUGACGAGGCGUAUUUCGAAGACCCCAGAAGAUUAGUGAAGAUUCUUCAAUCUUACCAUUGUGAGAAAAAAGCCUCCUGUUACAAGGUGAGAGGAACCUUUGAUGAGCUGGACAACCUCUCCAUCAGACUGUUGGAGGUGAGGGAUCGGUCUGAUCCUGUCGCACAUAGACAAACCCGUCCGCUUCGUGUUAAACCCGUAGAGGUAUCCGGGGUUGUCAUGGACUACAUUCAGCAAAAACGUGCAGAAGAACUUAGGAAAAUUCAAGGGAGCAGUUUUGACAUUGUAACACAGCCUGAUCCCGGAACAGUUCACCACGACCAUCGUAGCACGGUACAGGUGACUUUCCGAUCACGCCACGCCUCCUCGAACCCUGUUCGCACUGACUUAGUGAGGCAGCGAUUCAUCACAUUUUAUCAGAGAACUGCUUCCGACCUGCAGGUCACAUCCAUCCCGGCGAGUCCACAGCGCGACCACAAAGACCUGCGGAAGAGAUUCCCACACCUCCUUUUUGAACCUGGCCGCAACAGAGGUGAACUAACAGUGACUGGGCCCUUCAUCCACAUUGCUAAAUUGAAAGAAUUCCUUUCAGGAAAUACGGCAAGCUCGAGUAAGAGUCCGGGGGACAAAGGUCCGGCGGACUCUAGAAGCGGCAGGACCUCGGGUCCGUCAUCUACGCGGGACAAAGGCCCCGAAGAGGACCCGUGUCCAAUCUGCAUGGAGCAGAUAGAUGCCACAGAGAAAGAGACUCUGCGGUGCAAGCACUCGUUCUGCAAGGGCUGUCUGAAAAGAGCUUUCGACUACAAGCCAGUGUGCCCGACGUGCGGCGAGCUGUACGGAGCUUUGACGGGGACGCAACCCGACGGAGGCAAAAUGAAGGUCACCAAAAACAUUUCAUCUUUGCCGGGAUAUGAGAAAUAUGGAACCAUAACAAUCCAUUAUAACAUUCCAAGUGGCAUCCAAAAGGAGGAGCAUCCCAACCCGGGUCAGCCGUAUGAAGGGGCAUCCCGUACGGCCUAUCUCCCAGACUCCUCAGAGGGCAGGAGGAUCCUGACGCUGCUGAGGCAGGCCUUCAAUCAGAAGCUCAUCUUCACCGUCGGUCGGUCCACCACCAGCGGCAGGAACAACAUGGUCACGUGGAACGACAUUCACCACAAAACCUCAACAACUGGAGGACCAACUCACUAUGGAUACCCAGAUCCUGAUUAUCUCAGCCGAGUUCAAGAUGAACUGAAAGUCAAGGGAAUUGAAUAAGUUGCUUUAAGGUUCGUCAACACAUAAAUUGCGAGCUGAGAUCAAAGUAGUUCUGCACAAACAGGGGAGGGGUUACGGCACAGAGGACCACAAACCAGGAGGGAUAACUCAUUUUAAUGUGCUAAAUAACGAUACUAAUAGCCUCUGCCUCCUUUUUUAAAGUUGUAUUCAUUUUCCAAGUCCCUUCCAUCAUUCCUCCUGUUGUUUUAAUGGAUCAGUGUUUGUCAAUUUAUUUUGUUUUAGUCAUGUUUUGAAUGAUCUUGUUUAAACUCACUACAUAUGAUAUUUGGAAAAAUAAGCCAAUUCUUAUUUGUCUGUUGAACGUUCUUUGUACGUCAUGAUGUGUAAGCAGUCUAAUUCUGUGGCGAGGCAAAGCCAUGACUAGGCCGUCUAUCUGUGCAGUAGUGAUUCAACCAGUUGCACUGCAGGAAAAUCUGUUUCUAGACCAAAUUUAUUUUCUAUCAAAAUAACUACUAAACACCACUAAAACGUUUUACAUUUUACAUUACAGUAGUAAAUCUGUGGUGCCCACAUAUCUUACAAACAGUAUUUCUGUAGCUGAUGCUCUUAAAUUAAAUUGAAAUGCUUUUAAACUCUUAUACAGUGCCCACUUUAAAUAUGUUAUUUGUGAAUCUGUUAAUAAGUGAAGUUAAAACAAGUAGAAAUAGCCAAAUAUUAGUUUAUGUUCAAGGGCCCAGUUAAGAAAUCACAAUGUAAAUGUAAACAGGUUAAUGUAAAUAUGUAAAGCUAAUAAUAAAAUCUCACAAACAGUAAAGGCGGAAAUGGUAAAAUGACGGUGUCUGUGCACAGAGGUUAAACAGAUCAUUUCACUAAAUUUAGUAGAUAUCUAGUGUCUAGAAUUUCACUAUUCUUUUUUACUCAUUCCAGGAGAAAGUUUUGAGUUCUGUUAAAAAAGCUACUAGUUAAUUUUUUUUUGCGAGAAAGUAAACGGGAAUAAUCCAAAUAUGUUGUCAAUUUAUCCAUCCAACGCUCGUUUUGAAAUGUGAUCUUUUUUGGUGAUGUGAAAGUUGCUACGGUUUUAAACUUAAUUGUUGAUUUAAAAGGCAUUAUGUAAUACAUACUUUUGAGUUUGUAGUAUUCAGCAGUGUGAGAUUUCGCACACAGCCGAGGAAAUGGAGCAGGCUCUGCUGAGCUUAGAAUAUGGCAUAAAUGUCCACAAUUUGAGAGGCAGUAGCUGAGGGCGCUGUUCCAGUGUCGACUAUCUGGUUGUUGACUCCACGGAAGAAAUGAACGCAAUCAAGUCGACUUUACAUACGCCAACAAAUUAGUUGGAUCUCCAUCUUCAGACUGCGGAGCCCUGAAGCCCCGCCCCCUGAUUGCUACACACGGCGUCGUUUGCCCGAUAAUUCAAAGUUCAUUAAUAUGUAACUCGUACAGUAAAAUUAAAUGAAAUGUUAAAUGAAUGUGUCCAUCUGGUAAAUAUGUCACCAGUGAAACUCAGGAAAAUACUUAAGACCCACACACACACACACACACAAAUGAACAUAGAUUAUUGUCAAUGACCGUAAAAAGUCCUCAAAGACGUCAAAUAAAACUUAAAACCCGUUGUAUAAUUAGGCACUUCCAAGCUCUUGGUUUUUAUUUUCUAGGGUCAAAGAAAGUACACAGACUAGAGGUCCCUUUAUUUUAGAUAACAUAUAUAUUUCUCUCCACAUUUCGAGGUGGUUUCUUCUGAUGCAUAAACCUCUUAGUCACCUCUCCUCUCCCCGAUCACUGACCGAUCGCUCCCAGCCGUUUUGCUACAUACAACGUCCAGAGGGAGGCCAUCCGUAAUGAAGCAGCGUCCUUCACAAGAUCCAUGAGGCGGAGUAGCAAAAAAAAGAACAGUUACAACAGAUGUGAAAAUAAAAGUCAUAUAGAUAAGAGGCAAUAUGAAAAAAAUUAAGAGCAAGGUAUGGUUCGUGGUGAAAAGGCUUUGUUGAAUGUUGUGUCCAACCAGCUGAACCAUGAGAAGAUUUUUUUUGGAAAGCCGUUAAAAUGUCCUUAGAAUUUGUGCCUGAUACAAACACACCAAGUAUAUACAUCAACAUCUGGAAUGUGAGCCCAUCUUUAAGAUUCCUCGGAUUAGACUUUGUUUGGAUGAUCCAUCAGAUCCUUUGAGGUUUGGCACCGUCAGCGCAUUUAAGCGUUGCUGACAGUUUAGAAAAAGCACUCGUUCCCAUGAUAAGAUCAGUGCUUCAUUCAGCGCUGUGAAUCCAUGACAUCAUCAGACUGCUAGCUGAGCUCCAUUAAAGGGGUAGUUAGGGUGUGUUAAGGUGGGGUCGUGGGUGAUGUACUGCUGUGGAGGGGGGGCAGCAGCAGAAACAAAAAUCAUUAUCAGUUUAAGUAUUCGCUAUAUUUAGAAUAUUUUCGAUGGGGAACUGAACUAAAAGUGAAACGUAUCUAUACCGUCUUGAGAUUGCAUGCCUAACCCUUUUGAAUCACUUCCUCGGUCAUAUUGUGGACCUUUUUAACAAUAUCAGAAAAUGAAUAAACAAUUUUUAUUUUUAUUUUAAAUGUAUUUGUAUUUUUAUGUCAUUCCAGUCAUUUUGUCUUCCUGUAAAAACAAUAGAUAAAUAAAUAUGAUGUGUUCUUAAGCGAGCUAGCAUCAACCAAUUUUAACCAAUAAUACUCCCAGAAACUUCUGUUUCACCGCGAGUUAAUGGGAGUCUGGUUACUUUGAAGAGCGCAUAGAUAACGGCUUCCGAUUGGAUGUGUUGGCUCUAAAAAGCAGACAAAAUAACAUUUCCAAUCCAGUAAAUGACCUAACCUUCGUGUUUGAGGGCGCU